AUGCCCACGCCCCGAUCCCUACGCCCCGAUCCCCACGCCCCGAUGCCCACGCCCCGAUGCCCACGCCCCGAUCCCUACGCCCCGAUCCUCACGCCCCGAUGCCCACGCCCCGAUGCCCAGGCCCCGAUGCCCACGCCCCGAUGCCCACGCCCCGAUGCCCAGGCCCCGAUGCCCACGCCGCGAUCCCCACGCCCCGAUGCCCACGCCCCGAUGCCCACGCCCCUAUGCCCACGCCCCUAUGCCCACGCCCCGAUGCCCACGCCCCGAUCCCCACGCCCCAAUGCCCACGCCCCGAUGCCCAGGCCCCGAUGCCCAGGCCCCGAUGCCCACGCCCCGAUGCCCACGCCCCGAUCCCUACGCCCCGAUCCUCACGCCCCGAUGCCCACGCCCCGAUGCCCAGGCCCCGAUGCCCAGGCCCCGAUGCCCACGCCCCGAUCCCCACGCCCCGAUCCCCACGCCCCGAUGCCCACGCCCCGAUGCCCACGCCCCUAUGCCCACGCCCCUAUGCCCACGCCCCGAUGCCCACGCCCCGAUCCCCACGCCCCGAUGCCCACGCCCCGAUGCCCAGGCCCCGAUGCCCAGGCCCCGAUGCUCACGCCCCGAUGCCCACGCCCCGAUGCCCACGCCCCGAUGCCCAGGCCCCGAUGCCCAGGCCCCGAUGCCCAGGCCCUUCACUCGGACAACCGCUCAGCGUGA